AGUUCUCCAAGUGCUCCGCAACGGUGAACACCUUCUUCGAGAUCGUGGUAUGAUUAUACAGGGUGUUGUAUGUUAGCGCGGUCAGUGCGUCAUCAAUAUGGGACCGAUAAAUCGGCUCGUUAGCAUUUCGUGUUUAGUGCAAGUGUUAUGUUUUUGGACCGUUCGCGUAAACGGACAUGUAGCAUUGACUUUUCCGCCUGCCAGAAAAUACGACUUGGAUUUCUUAGAUAGUUCGAGGACGAAACCGCCAUGCGGAAUGCCAAAAGGCAGUAUUAAAACCUCAUUAUUAGAAGGUAGUAAAUUCAACGUAUCAUGGCAUUUGGGAUAUCCACAUAGGGGUGGAUUCAAAAUACAACUUUUAGACCAUUUAGAAAGACCGGUACUAGAUUUAACUCCAACUAUUAAAGGUUCAGAAUACGUAACCAAUGAUGCUACAGCGCAAUCAUUCCAAGUACAAUUACCAUCACAAUUCAACUGUGAAAACUGCACUUUAAGACUGAUAAGACAGGCUCUUGAAUGGGGAGAGGACUACAAAUUUUGGUCAUGCGCAGACGUCGAUAUUUUACCAAGAAAAAAAUUUAGGGAAACUUGCAGCGGGCACGGCAAGAAUUUAGUUGGUAGAUGUAAAUGUGAUCGACUUUACUAUGGAGAAGUUUGCCAGUACAGAGAUGAAUGCCUGGAAGACAGUGAUUGUGGAGAUCAUGGAAAAUGUAUACAUAUUGGUGGGACCGUCAUGCCGAAACAACAAUGUUAUUGCCAAUUAGGAUGGUUUGGUCCCGGAUGCAUUAAAAGGUCUGCUGUUAGAUCGACGGAAAUUGAUUUCGAUUUAUACACUGAAAAACAAUUAAGUCCUACUUUCCGCUUGUACUGGAGAAUUCUAAAAGAACACAAUGAAAUUGAAGCUAUCUUAGUGGUAAAUGGUACCAGCUAUGCCGCUUUAGGCUGGAGACCAAAAUCACUCAUGAAAAGCUGCAAAAAUUUUCCCCAAAUAGGUCCUAUCGCUAUAAAAAAUUCGACAACCUCUAAACCAGAACCUAAAAGCGAACCUGAACCUAAAAGCGAACCUGAACCUAAAAGCGAACCAGAGCCUAAAAGCGAACCUGAACCUAAAAGCGAACCAGAGCCUAAAAGCGAACCUGAACCUGAGCCAACCAGUUUACCAGAACCUAAGAGUGUUUCUGAACCUAAAAGCGAGCCUGAACCCAAGAGUGAACCAGAACCCAAGACUGAAGCCGAACCAAAUACCACACAGACAUCAAAGUAUAGGAAAUCACUUUAUUCUAGGAGGUCUGCUUCACAAACUCCCCCUUUAAAGAAGGAACAAGUAGCAAACGAUGUUGUAGAAACUAGUGUUUCAUUCCAAGUUAGCAGAAAACAAGGUAGAAAACGAAGAGCUGCUAGCGAACCUGUACCGGAACCCACUAGCGAUCGAGCAAUGACACAAGAGGACACGACUGUACCUUUUGCUGAACCAGAGCCUACCUCUGAACCUGAACCAGAGCCUACCUCUGAACCUGAACCAAAAUUCCAAUCCCCAAAACACGAACCUAUCACUAAACUCCCUUCCAAGCCCGAGAUAAAAUCAAAAUCUGAAAGAAAAUUAAGUCACAAAUCCGAACCUACACCAAUAUCCGAGCCUGAACCCAAGUCCGAACCAGAGCCAAAAUCUGAACCAGAACCUAAAUCUGAGCCUGAACCCAAGUCCGAACCUGAACCUAAAUCUGAACCAGAGCCAAAAUCUGAGCCUGAACCCAAGUCCGAGCCCGAGCCCGAACCUAAAUUUGAACCAGAACCUAAAUCUGAGCCCGAACCCAAGUCCGAACCCGAGCCCGAACCUAAAUCUGAGCCUGAACCUAACUCCAAGCCCGAACCUAAUUUUGAAAAAGUUUCUAAAAAACAAGUUGUAGCAGUUGGAAGAAGUAGUACAGAUGCACAAGAAUCUCUGAAUCCAUUCACCCCUCGUCAUGACUUCAACCCUAUGGAUUGCACUGACAUUAUAAUUGGUAGUGCCAGAGGUAAUAACAGCAGAAUUGCGGACUUUUACACUAGAGACCGAUCAACUCCUAGAAUGGACUCAUUUUGGGGCGGUAAAAAUGAUCUUACCACUGCUAUGGGCUUUGAAAGGGACGGAGUUACUACAAUUCUCUUUAGAAAAAAAUUAGAUUCCCAAGAACCAACAGAUCAUUCUAUAGAAAAUGAUAUCAUGCAUGUGAUUUUCGCGCAAGGCCAGGAACCUGGAAAAUAUAUUCACGUGCCUAAAUCCGGAGUAGAAACAGCGGAAGCCAAAAUGAAAGAUUUCUAUAAACCAGACGAAUUGAAAUACCACGGACAUAAACAUCAACGUGGAGUCAUCAGCUUAAAUUUCUUCGACGAGAAGAAAAUGGUGGAACCUGCGGGAGCUGUGGCGACUAGCAAGUCAGCGGAAACAACGGAUUGUGGUGGAAUAUGGAAAAUACCACGAAACUGCAAUCCGGAUAACUACACAUGUGAAUAUUCCGCAAAAUGGGAACUGAUACCAAGAAAAGAUACCAUAAUCUUUACAAUAACCACCAAACAUACAGACACUUGGACCGGAAUAGGUUUUUCCGAAAAUGAACGAAUGUCACAAACGGAUGCCAUCUUGGGUUGGGUGGAUAAAACCGGUCGACCCUUUUUAAUGGACACGUGGAUAAACGGUUAUUCUCAACCAUUAUUAGACAGUUCCCAGAAUAUUUUUAAUGCCACUGGUAAAAUAGUGGACGGCGUGACGACACUAUCAUUUGCGAGGAAAAGAAUAACUGACGAUCCUAGAGAUGUCUCAUUCACUAAUGACAAAUGCGUGUUUAUGAUGUUUCCUACUAGAGGGGGCGCUUUUAACGGAGUCAAUAAAAAAAUAAGAAAACACGAAGUUAUACCCACUGUAUCCACGGAAAGGAUCUGCAUAAGAUCCUGCGGAAACGAUGAUACAUUUGACGAAUACUUAACCACUACUGAAGCUCCCGGAUUAGGCUAUAACAUCAAAGUAAAACUAGUUGAACUUGGAGAAAACUUUAAAAUGCCGAAAGAAGGAUCGAUUCAAUACGUAGACUUUACAAAUUCUAUCGAAGAUAGCUUUAAACCCGUUUUCAAACAACUACCGGGAUACAGAAGAUUUAUUAUCAAUAGGAUAGAAGGAGAUGACAACAACGUCGUAGCGACAAUGAAUCUCGAACUUGAACAGCCAUCGGUAACGACAGGACGUUCGAUUGAUGAUACAUCCGAGCUUGACGAUACAGUCCAUAAGUUGCUACAAGAAAGCGUAAGCUCAGGAAAAGUGGGUAAUCUCAAACUCGAUCCGCAAUAUUUAGUUUUCGAGCCACAAAGUAUUACCACCAACUUUAUAACAGAUGCUUCAUCUACAUCGGAUAACAGCUUCUUCAAUUUGACAGCAACCAAACUCUAUAUCGUUUUAGGGUGCAUAGUAGCAUUAGUUUUUGUUGCUAUUGUACAGGCUGGUUGUACAAUAUACAAAGCUAGGAGCCGUUCUUCUUCCAACCACAAGGAUCAUCUAAUACCAAAUUCGGCAUGGAAGGACUACUCUUCAAAUACCAAUUACGCUUUUGACGCAUUCGAAAGCCCUUCAUCGACAACUUUAGAAGAAAAAAAACAAGUAAACGGAAAUUCUAACGGAACGUCUGCUAAACCAACAAAAGGUCGUCACAUCCAACGACCCCAAACGCGUCCUCCAAGUGUUCCUCCUGCAGCAGCUCAGGGAGAUACUCGUUCGUUGCAACGACCUCGCGUGGGCGCUUAUCCCACGUCUAAUAUGGAUAGAAACACGUUUUCGUUACCUAGAACGGUGUACGACAGAAAUCAUUAUAAUCAGAGACAGGGGCAAGAUAUGCAACCUGCGGACUUUUAUUUUAUGCCUUCUCAAAGAAAAUAUUCAGGUGAAGUUGUUAGAGUUUAUGUAGAUUAUAACAAUCAACCCAAAUGAUGUAGUUAAUGUUAAAUUUUGUAUUUAUUUUUAACUCAAAUUACAAAUUUUAAAUUUAUUCAAGGUCGAUAGAGUGGCGGAUGUUAUCAAAGAAUUGAGAUAAAUUAGUAUAAAGUACCGGCACUACAUCGAUUUGAAAGUAUACUGGAACAUAUUGCUCAAUACAAAAUUUGUUUAUUUAGGUUGCAAAUUUUAUUAUUAAACGGCUUUUACGUUAUAUUUGUGGUUUUGAUAGUUGACCGAACAAAAUCUAAAACUGAUUUCAAGCAAAUAACCUAGUCAUUAUUGGUAAUUACCUUUAAUUGGACAAUAUAUCACGGAGUCAUAAAUUAGCACUUCAACAUCACUAUUUUGGACCGCAGAUGACCAUACUCGUUAAAUUUGUGGUUAUCGAAGAAGUCAGGUUAAGUUCUGUAUUUAACGAUAUUUUACAAGCGUUUCAGUUAAAUAAAUAAAAAAAUUAUUCUCUGUAAUUUAAAAUCUGAAAUGAAUGAAGAUUUAAUAAGGUUCUCGAGAAAAUUAUUUCAUACUAGUUAAUAUGAGCAUUAAUUUGAUGUAAUUGUUCUAAAAAUAAUUAUAAUCCAGGUAUUAAAGAUAUUAUUACUUGUGGACAUUUAAUCUCAUUAUUUUGAAAGUAUACUUACACAAUUAAAAACUCGAUAUUGGCAGAACACUUGCAUAAAACUAUAAAAUAUUUAUUAAGAAAAUUUAUCAGAUACUUCACACAAAGAACGUUCAUAAAAGUUAUGUGCUUGUUUGAUAUCAACAUUCUGACCUACACUAACGAAAAUGGUGGCAUAUAACCCUUGUGUAUCCAAGCGAAAAUUGGUGUUACUUCCAUAGUAUUAUGACCCAGAACAAGACCAAAUAUAACCGCGGUCAUUCGCUUGAAAUUCGUUUAAAUAUCCAUUUGAUCAUACAAUGAGUACUUUUCGGAAACUAUGAUCGGAUCACGUUCAUUGUCGUUCGAAAACUGAUCGAGUUAAUUCUGUGGUUGUCAUAUGUUAUGAUCCUUUAUGUCACGGUAGAACGGUGGGUAAAUACGAUCAGCUGACGAAUUGUUUCAUUUGUCUAUGUUUUUUUGAGCUUCAAAAGUUAUUUAUUCCCGUUAAAUGGCUGACUACUAUUAAUUCUCCUGAGCAGCAUUAUUUAUAGGUUACUGAGAUUUGCGGUUUUUAUACUUUCGUCAUUUCAACGUAAACAAUAGCUUAUUAAUUUUAAACUUUAGUGUAAAAUCCGUGAGAGUGGGUAAAUUGUCGAUAACUGCUCAUUAACAAAUAUUAAACACACAAAAAAGUAUCAAAAUCGAAAGUUUUUGUAUAUCAUGUUUUAAAUCUACCAAAAAUUGAACGCGACGUUCGUAAAUUAUUAUCUAAAUCUCUUUCUGGGUUAAGAUACGUAAUCAACUGAUAGGUGAUCUAUCUGAAUCCGGAUUAUAGUUUCCGAAGAAUCCUAUGGACUGCCACUACUCCUGUUUCCAUAGAAGAAAAAAGUGACAAAACUUCUAUUAGAACUAACCUCAACCGGUGUGGAUUUUUGAUUCGUUUUCUUAAUAACAGUAAUUCAAUUUCUCAAAAAUUGAUUCCAAUUCAAGCAUUUCAAUUAUUAAAAGAGAAUAAAUACAUUGUUUUCUGAGAGUCUCUUCUAGUUUUUGUAAAAAUUUGAAAUUAUUUUCUAAUAUUAGUAUGUAGAAGAAUCAAAAACCAUUUUCGAAGCAUUAAAACAUGUUUAAUGCUUUUAGAGCCACUAAAAACAUCUAAUGGAAUAUAGAAUCUAACCUAAUCGUGCAAAAUCGUUUUGACGAUAGUCCUUUUAGAUAACUAGAGGAAUAUAUUCUAUCAUCUGCGCAUGCAUUUUCUUGCUACGAGGGUCGGUCGGAGGAGACAUCGGUCAACUUUUGUAAUGAAUUUAUACGAGGGGCUACUUAUAAGAUCCUAAAUUGUGCGUUAUGCUUUCCGUUAUAGGUAUAUUAGGACAAAUAAAUGUAUAUGUUGAGAUUCCAAGAGGUAGUUGGUUUAAAUUAAUUUAAAACUCUCGUUUCCAAAAUAAAGUCAGUUUAUUUGAAAGAAAAAUUUUAAUAUAAAUAUGGGUAUAAUCAAAAUGCUUCUAUACCUACAUCAAAGUAAAAAUUAACAAUAUUGAUGAUCAUUUUCUGUAGUGUUUGACUUGCUAGAUCGGAGUAUGGAUGUUGUAUUUCAUCUGAUCCAUGUAAAUAAUGUGAUUUAUAAUAUGUAAUAUCACAAUGGUCUGACUCAAGGUUUCUUUUGACUACAAUUUAGCUAACACAUGAUUUAUCUAACUUGCAAGAUCCCUGUGACUUUAGGUUCCGUUUAUGAUUUUGAAAUGAUACCAAAUUUUGUUUCUUGUAGGAGCGUGACAUUGUUCUUGGACUUUUUGUUCUUCAGAAAGCCAUUGGUUGAAUUAUUAAAAAAAUAAUGAGUAAAUCCCUCCGUUAACCCUGAAUUUGUUGUGUCUUCCUAAAUCUAAUAAAAAUUAUUAUUUUAUUCUCACCAUCAAAACUUGGAGUCUCCAUUAAUUUAAAAAAGGGACUGCAUUCCACAAACAUAUAUUUUGUUUCACUUCCAUAUUCGAUCCAUUCGGAUGAUUUAUUAUGAAUGUUUAUUUAAGUUAAAGUGGGUUGAAAAAAAUUUGUCACAUUCAAAACACAAUACCGGCAUCUUAAAAUUAGGACAAAAAAGAUUCAGAUUUAGAGUAGUGUGAGAAAAGUGAAAAGCAUUCAAAAAAUCAAAACAAAACCGAAUUUAAAGUUAGGUUAUGUUAUAAUUUAUUCGCAUGCGCAGAUGAUGGAAUAUAUUCCUCUAGUUAUCGCCUCCUCAUUUGAUUUAAUGCUGUCAUGUGUCAUAAAUUCUUGUGUUGUGUUUUUUCAUUCUAUGAGUAGUAGUCCCCCAGUAGCGCAAGCUUCAGGUUUUUAGUAAACACAAAUUGAACUUUGGUGAAAAUAAACGCAAUCUCUGUAAGUGGCACCUGGUACUGCAAAAUUGAAAGUUAAAACGCUGCUUCUAGCUAUCGCUAAAUCAGCAACGGAAGUGGGACCUUUUCCGUUGGAAUCACCAAUGUCUGAGGAAAUUCGCGGUUCUUCCGAUGGAAUAUUGGUCAUGUUAUGUCAAUCUACAGAUGUUUUGUUGCAACGUCACGAUUUAAUGCUGAAGUUUUAUCAUACAAAGUACUUUUUGGAAUGUUGUAGCGCGACGAAACUUCUCUCAAAUAAAGUUUUUUAGUAAUUGCAAUUUGUGAAUAUGCUUGGUGCCAAUUUCCCACUGAUACCGUAAAAGCCGUUAAUAUGAUAUUUUUGAAAUAAAAAUUUAAGGUAUUCUGAGUUAUUUAUGGACAAAUGGUGCAUGUAUAAUAUCUAGUCUAUAAGUUCUAAAUAUCCAGUGAAAUAAUUAACUUUUAGUAGAAAAUAUGACGACAUAUAUCUAGAACUAUAGAACUAGUAUAAAAAGUAUUAUUGUAUAUAUAUAUAAAGUGUGUUAUGACUACACUUCUUUACCAUUAUUUCAACAAAAAGUGAGUGCGAGUUACAAAUUACCGCCUUUAUUAAAUUUACCAUAUUUUACUCAACUGAAUUUACUCCAGCUCGGCAGAGGAGAUAUUCCCAUAUCAGGAUCUACUCCAAUAAACCCUUCUCAUCACAAAAAUCCUCCUUAUCCUACUAAACUUUAACCAACGAAUCUCUUUCUCUCUUUCUCAACUGAAUUUUACUAAACUUGGCAUAUUUUUUUUCUUAGCACCCGUAUAUUAACAAGUAUCGUCCUCUAGACAUUUCUGGUAGUUGGCGCCCAAUGCCAAUUAAGCACAUAUGCUUUCUGAUGCGCCUGUAGUGCCCCACUUUACAUUACCAAAGACCGCUGUCCUUUGAGAAGGCGCUUUGGCUUAAAUCUUUUGGUGUCAUUAGUACUUCGGAUCCUCCGUGAUCCUCAUAGUGUCUUAGACGACCGUGUCCAGUUAAAAGUCCAGUCCCUAGUCGAAUUUCUUACCCGGAGCAGUUGUUUGGUAAGUGAGGCAGUAGGACUUUUCGGAAACUAACCCAGAUCACGUUCACUGGAGUUCGGAAACUGAACUGGUCGUAGUCAUGAUAGAAUCCUUUACACUAUGGUAGACCAGUGGGUAAAUGACGGGUUAUUUAUUUUGGUCUAUAGUUUUUUCAACUUUAACAAUUAUUUAUUCCACUCAUAAGGUUGUCUGUGAUUAGCAUGGAUGGUAGAAAGGAUGAGAUCAAUAUGUGUUUAUGAAAAGUGUCAAAUUGACUUAUAUACAACUGCUAAAUUCAGACAGUACCCUUGGUCAACACCAGCGCAACUUUUGGAAUGUUUCUGAAACUUUGUUAACCGUAUACACUUUUUUAACUUUCCCCCUUCUCUUUACCUUUCAAAGUGUUUAACGAUCAAGUUUUAAUUUCGAUAAUUCUACUGAAAACUGAUCCUUAUCUCGUUCUGCGUUAGGAUCCGCAUUCAGCUGAUAUGAGGUCUAUCUAAUCCAAGGUCGUAGGUCCACUUAUGUCUCACGCCAGGUAUUUCUAUUGAACACCUUGUAUUUUGAAAUGAUACAAUUAUAUAUAAUAGAAAUGUUAUUUAAGUUAUCAAAGCCAAAUAACCUCUUAUUUGAUGUGUAAAUAUUUUAGUUCAUAGACAAACUAAUUUGUUAUAUUGUGUUUUGAAAAAUUAUUUCUAAUGUAAAAAAUAUGAAACUUUCAAAAAAAUCGGUUCCAAAUAAUGUUUUUGAACCUGCAAAAUUUGUUUUUUUUUAAUCAUAUAUUUUGUUAUACAGUUCAAAUUUAAUUAUUAACCAAUAAAUAUUGAUAA